UGUGACUUUGCGCGUGAGCCUUCACCAAACUACCGGACCUGGGAGACGCUAUAGCAGGACCUCCUGCAAAACUACAAAACGAUCUUUGUUGAGACCCAAAUACCCCGCUGUACAAGAAGAAUGGACGCCAACUGGGUAUCACUGAAGCUGAUUCUGGCAACAGCGCUGUUCCUGUCCUCAAGUGCUAGUGUCCUGAAUGUUACCACACCUGAAGUCGAAGUAGGAAAAACUGCCAACGUGUCACUGGAAUGUUUCGAUCCGUAUCACGCACGCGACAUUUCUGACAUUAUCAUUAUCAGAAUUCUGAAGUGGGAUCAUGAUGAGUGGAACAGCGUGGCAGAACUACAACGCGGCGAGGAUGCGGAAGUCAGACAAAACUCCAAAGAUGUAUUUGUUGAGGGCAGAAUCGGCUCUGUAGCAGAAAGCUUUCUGAGGCUUACGUUUCCUGUGGCGACCAAUAACACAAUCGGCCAAUACCGCUGUGAUUUCAUCAGCUUCACUUUUCAAGAGAACGUGAUGUGGCAAAAAAGCCAGCCCGUUUUCGUCACGCGUAAAAGGAUUCUCACUGUUCAGAUGCUCCGCGAAAUUGUGGAGGAAAACCAAAAGGAAGGUUUUCAGCAAUUGCAUUCCCAGAGACAAGAUCUAAUCGAAAACAUAACGGCGACAGCGGAGGUUCUUGAAGCGGGUCUUGAGAGUCAGUUGAAGAACCAGCUACAGGUCCUGAGACACACAGUGGAGGGGAACAAGAACAAGAGUGAUAACCAGAGACAAAACAUUCUCGAGAAAAUCAAGACGUCAGUCAAGGAUCUUGAGGCGGGUUUUGAGAGAAAACUGAAGAGCCAGAUACAGGUCCUGAGCCACGCGCUGGAGAAGAAUGAGAACGAAUGUAAAAAGCAAAAACAAAGCAUUCUUGAGAAAAUGGCAACAAUCGUGGAGGAUGUUGAGAGCAAACUGAAGAGCCAGAUACAGGGCCUGAACUACACCUUUGAGGAGAAGAAGAAAGAAGAUCUUCAACAGAGGCAGAUUGUGGAAAAAGUCCAAACAUCCUUAGAAGACAACAAGAGAGAGUAUCUCCAACAAAAGCAGGACAUCCUAGAAAAUGUGACAGCAACUGUGGAGGCUCUUGAGAGAAAACUGAACACGACGACCAACAGUCAGCAGCGGGUGUUGCGCCUCACCUUUGAGGAGAAGAAGAAAGAAGAUCUUCAACAGAGGCAAAUUGUGGAAAAAGUCCAAACAUCUUUAGAAGACAACAUGAGAGAGUGUCUCCAACAAAAGCAGGACAUCCUAGAAAAUAUGACAGCAACUGUGGAGGCUCUUGAGAGAAGACUGAACACGAUGGUCAGCCAGCUGCGGCCACAGUCAUGCGCUGAUGUCGAAGGUUUAGGCGUCCGACCUGUGGUCUUUCUCAAUAACGGACUGAGAGUUGUCUGCGACACCGUUACCGACAACGGUGGCUGGAUCGUGAUCCAGAGACGUGCCUCGGCGGACGUGGACUUUUACCGUGGAUGGACCGAGUAUAAGAAUGGAUUCGGCAACCUCGACGGCAAUUUCUGGUUUGGGUUGGAGAAAAUCCACCAGCUGACAAAAAAGGAGAGAUACCAGCUGAGGAUUGACAUGAAAUUUAAAGGAAAAGACUACUUCGCCACCUACGACUCCUUUUCGCUGAGCGGAGAAACUGAAAACUACAAAAUUCAGAUAUCCAGAUUUUCAGGUAAUGUCGAUAACGUAAUGGCUUUUCACAAUGGCCGUAUGUUCUCUACCAAGGACCGUGACAACGAUGGGCAUUCAAAAAUCUGCGCCAGUGAAAAACACGGAGCUUGGUGGUACAGUUCCAGUGCGUGCCAUCGUGUGAACCUCAAUGGAGCAUGGGGCAGUACAGAGUACGACAAGGGCUUGAAUUGGGGUGAUGUUACGGGAUGGAAAGAUUCUGUCACCUUCAGUGAGAUGAAGAUUCGUCCACUUGCUGAGUGACAGCUGCAUGACACCCAAUACGCGACGGCUUGCUUAUAAUUCUAUUGAGAUAUUUACGUAACAUUAUGUUUGUGUUUGUGUGGAGGAAAGAGAAACUUAUUGUUAGAGCAUCUUAUAACAUUGAAUUUGCCUUCGUUUAUGGAACAAAUUUAUAAAUAACGGUAACGAUACACAUAGUCGGUUGUUUAGUGGUUAGGCUACCAGCCUCGUAAUCGUAAGGCUACUCAUAGGUUCAGCUUUCACCUAAAAAUUGGAGACGUGUGUGAGGAUGAGUUAACUCGAACUAGAAAAGUGAAUGUUCUCAUGAUUCUUUUAAUGAUAAUUGAUAAUAAUAGCCAUACGACUUUUUAUAGGGCCUAACCCUAAGAAAUAGAAACCCCCAAAACGCUAUGCCCUAUGUAGUUCAGAAUUAUCGUUCAAAACAACUAGUAAA